AUGUACUGCAUGUUGCACUCCUCUAGUGUGGUUACCGUGAUUGGUGCUGCACUUGCAUGUGAUGAAGACCGCAUGGUACCAGGAGACCGCAAGGAUUACUUACCGCAACUACGGAAAAUCACUGUAGCAGAACUGGUGCAGUUGCCCCAGCAAAAGAUCCACACCGAUGACGAUGUCGUGGCAUGGCAUAAGACGAGGGGAUAUCGCGACUUUUGGCUGUUUUUGCUCAGGCUUAACGAAGCCGUUGUAAACCACGCGGUACCUCGAGCAGAUGGUUCAUGUAGUCCAACAGCAGCUGUGCUGAUCUCUAUACUGGACGAGCUCGACUCAUGGAUCGAUGAUAUUCCACCGCUACGAUCACCGCAGCGUUUCGGAAACCUUGCCUUUCGAACUUGGGGUGAUCGUUUGACGCAGGUGGGAUUAUUGGGACCAGAACUACGCGCAGUCAUUCCCUACGUAAAACCAAUCUUCGAGAUCUCCUUCGGAUCAUUUUUGCGAAUGGACUAUGGCACUGGACAUGAAACGUCUUUUGCCAUGUUUCUGUGUUGUCUUACUCUCGUCAGGUUCUUUGAGCCAUCGAUAGACCAAGAGCGCGAGCUGGUCUUACGGGUAUUCGUUCGGUAUAUGAGAUUAUGUUGGAGACUCCAAGAUGUAUACAAGCUUGAACCUGCAGGCAGCCAUGGUGUGUGGGGUCUAGACGACUACAGCUUCCUUGGAUACGUAUUUGGAAGUGCUCAGCUGCGGGAACAAGCGGAGUUUCCUGUAUCUGCCAUCCUUCGUCUUCCACUGCCACAAGAUAAUCUGUACUGCAUAUGCAUCACCCGCGUUCACCAGGUCAAACAUGGUCCUUUCCACGAACAUUCUUCCCAGUUGUAUGCUAUCGCCACCGGCGUUCCAAAUUGGACCAAAGUCAACUCGGGAUUGCUCAAGAUGUACGAGGGAGAAGUACUAAGCAAGCGAGUGGUUGUCCAACACCUACCUCUAGGUGGUCUUCUUUCGUUAGAUGAAGAUUAA